CUGGCGAUCAGUUGUUUUUCCAACCUGAAUCGAAGCGGAUGCGCGGCGGCCGUUAAUAACCUGACAAAAAUCCGACACGCACACCGACACAUAUUGAACAACAAAACUAGAAAAAAGACAAGACAAAGUGGUAGAAGCAACAGGCGAACAAGACGAAGAGAAAAGACUUGUUUGCAGCCCCCGCCCCCUCUAGUCGCUCGUUUUAAUACGGUGGUUUUAAAUAAUAUAGCACUUUAGCCAAGAAGAGUUGACUGCUUAAACGGCCAAAACACAACGCGGGCGUUGAUACAAAUACACACACAGGUGUGAGAGUGUAAGUGUGUGUGCGGCGGGCGAAAAGAAAGUGCAAUAAAAACCGAAAAUUUGUGAAAAGCCAGCAAGUGCAAUGUAUACAACGUGUUGAAGGAGAGAGAAGAAAACGUAUGUAUAUAAAACAAGAAAACAGUAAAAACAGUUAAAUCGCGGCGAGAGCGAGGGCGAACUCGAAGAAGAAGAAGAGGCAGAAGAGGAAGCUGUAGAUAUCAUUUACCAACAACAACCUGUCGCAUCCGAGGCAGAGCGAGCGGGAGAGACGGUUGUCCGAUUGAGAACCACUUUGCUGUUGCUGCACAGCCGCUGGCGGAGCAGCCCUGAGAAUGCAGUUCGUUCGAAGCUAGUCUGGCAUGAGGCUUCAGUUCAAGGAGCACUAGGAUCUAUAAGCAAAUAGGCUAAAUCAUAGGAUCCUUGAUCCGCGAUCACCACAGCGAUCUUCAGCACGAUCAUCUCAGGAGGAGGAGGAUAUAUAGAUAAAAUGCAGGUUCCCGAGCACGUUGUUUCGCUGUACAUUGCUACCUGUGGCCAAAAUGGUCCUGGCCUGGGAUCCGACGAGAAGGAGAUUAUAUUGCUGGUGUUUGUCCUUCUGGAAGUGACCACUGGACAGAUCGUUGGCACCAAACAAAUACUCGUGCGGCCGGAUGGUUACUUCAUCAAAGAUCGCACCAUCUCGGGCUCCUCGGACAACUCGAGUGCCACCAAUAACACGGCCAGUUCCCCGCCCCUAGCAAUUGGCGACUCUUCUGCAGUCUCCAAUAAUGGCAGUGGCACUGGAAGUGGCAACGGAAACUCUCUGGACAACGGUAGUGAGCUAAUCCUGCCCAUAGCAGAGGCCCAGGCGGCGGGCAAGCCACUGAGCGAGGCCAUCGAAGAGUUCGAUGCCUACCUGCGUUCGCUGUCGCUCCACGAUACGGAGAUCAAACUGGUCACGGACGGACAGUUGCCGCUGAGGCAGUGCCUACAUCGGGAGGCCAGUGCCAAGGAUGUGGAGCUGCCUACGUACUAUAAUCGGUUUAGCGACCUGCGCAAGGAGUUUUUGCGCUACAAGUCCGGCGACCUUGCCCGCGCCCUCGUCCCCGUCAAGGAUGUGAAAAAGAUGCUGCAAGCGCCAACGGCGCCCAUGCCACAGUCCAUCGCCGAGAUGCUGGGAGAUCUCAACACUUCAUCGGUGGAAGACAACGACUUUUACAUACGCGAAUCUCGCGACAUGGUCACUGUGAUCCAGACACUGCUGCAGGCAGGUCACAAAUUUGCUGCAAACGAGUUGGUCAACCUGGUACUGGAACCUGGAAUUUGCUCAAUUGACGACGAGAUCGACGGCAACUGCAUAGUGCGGGCCAGAGGAUUGCCCUGGCAGAGCAGUGACCAGGACAUAGCCAAGUUCUUCCGCGGCCUCAACGUAGCCAAAGGCGGCGUGGCACUCUGCCUCUCUCCGCUGGGGCGGCGCAACGGCGAGGCCCUCAUUCGCUUUGUGUCCCAGGAGCAUCGCGACAUGGCGCUCAAGCGGCACAAGCAUCACAUUGGAACCCGUUACAUCGAGGUGUACCGGGCCUCCGGGGAUGAUUUCCUGGCCAUUGCCGGCGGUGCAUCUAAUGAGGCGCAGGCCUUUCUCUCCAAGGGCGCCCAGGUGAUCAUUCGGAUGCGGGGUUUGCCCUACGAUGCCACAGCCAAGCAAGUGCUGGAUUUCUUCACCACUGGCGAUACGGCGCCCUGUCACGUUCUCGAUGGUAGCGAGGGCGUGCUGUUUGUAAAGAAACCAGACGGACGGGCCACCGGAGAUGCCUUCGUUCUGUUCGCCCACGAGACGGAUGCGCCCAAGGCGCUGGGCCGUCAUCGCGAGUCCAUCGGGCAGCGGUACAUCGAGCUUUUCCGCUCCACAACCGCCGAGGUGCAGCAGGUCCUCAACCGCUCAAUGGAUCCCAAGAACUAUGAGUCGGGCGGCAAUCAUAGUCAACCGCCGCUGAUUGCCCAGCUGCCGACGAUGCAGCUGCCGCUGCUGCCGCAGGUGGGUGCCCACAGCCUCGGUCACAGCCUCGCAGCCACACAGACAGCUAACCUCUGCCCUCCGGUGCCCCAUGCCGCUCUCACUCUUCCCACACAGCACCUCAUCACCUCGGGCACUACCAAGAACUGCAUUCGGCUGCGCGGACUGCCCUACGAGGCGAUGGUCGAGCACAUACUCCACUUUCUGGACGACUUUGCCAAGCACAUCAUCUACCAGGGUGUGCAUAUGGUGAUCAAUGCGCAGGGCCAUCCCAGUGGCGAGGCCUUCAUCCAAAUGGACUCGGAGGACUCGGCCCGUUUGUGUGCCCAGCGCAAGCACAACCAGUACAUGGUCUUUGGCAAGAAGUUCCGCUACAUCGAGGUGUUCCAAUGCUCCGGCGACGACAUGAACAUGGUCCUCAAUGGCGGCUUGGCCUCACCAGUGGCCCAGCCGCCGCCUCCGCAUCAUGCUGGCCAUGCCCACAAGCAGACCUCCCUGCUGGCGGCCACCUCGGGUAUGUUCAGUUCGGCGGCCGGCGGUCAGUCGCCGACGGUUAGCUCCACUGCCGGCUCAGUUGCCCAGUCGCUAAGUCCGCUCAGUCCGCUGGGCGGCUCCCAUUCACACAACACGCACACUCAUCCGCACACGCACCCAGGCCAUGCCCACUCGGCGGUAGCAGCCGCCGCGGCAGCUGCCGCUGCAGCUCAUCAUGGAUUGCCUCCCUCCUCGGCUUUGCUGCCGAAUCUUUCAACCGCCGGCGGUUUGGCCUCCUUCAUGGCCGCUCAACCCUCGGCGGCGGCUGCUGCUCAUAAUGCUGCCUCGCUGCAGAGUGCAGCGGUGGCCCUGGCUCCUCCAAGCUACUCCAUCAAUCCGUUUUCAUUGCCGCCGCCAGGAUCUGCAGCAGGAGCGGGUUCCACGCCCGCCCUGCUGGCCCAACAGCAGGCCCAGUUUAUUGCCCAGCAGAGUUUGCUGGUGCGCCAACAGGCGGCGGCAGCUGCUUUGGCCGCAGAGCAGCAACAGCAGCAGCAGGUGCAGCAGGCACAGCAGCAGCAGCUCUAUGCCAGCGCAAUGUUGCAACAGCAUCCGCAUCUGUAUCUGCAGCACCAGCAGGCGCAGCAGCAGCAACAGCAGCUCUAUGCCAGUGCCAUGCUACAGCAGGGCCAUCAGCCGCAGUUUGUGUUAAUGCAACGUCCUGCGGCUGCUUAUUUGCCGCCCUUUCAGUUGGGUUAUAUGCCCACCGCUGCAGGGGCAGUAGCAGCAGCUGGGACAGGAGCUGGGGCGGCAGCGGCAGCGGCAGCCUCCUCAGCCGGCUCCACGGCAGGCAGCUCCAUGAAGCGCUCUUAUGAGAAUGCCUUCCAGCAGGAUGCAGCCGGAGCAGCGGCGGCGGCCAGUGCGGCCAAGCGGGCUCUGACCCGCACGCCGAGUAGCGUCUACUCUUAUUACAAUCCGGGCAUAUAGAUCGGGAGAUAAUGGCUUCCUAGAAAACUCCAGCACUUCGGGCACAUUCCGCGAGUGGGCAUUGGGUGUCGUUCGUUCGUUCGUUCAUAACAUGCGAAAGUUAAACCCGCAUUAAAAAGCACACACACACACACCACACAUUUAGUAACAAUAUAUCAUAUGUACCAUCGUGGCAACACUCACACACCUGCAUACCAGACAUUCUCUAGAGCUUAAUUACCAACUUGGAACGUAGACUUAAGUACUUUUCUUGUAUGGAGUACUCGUAGUAGCCUAAGCAUACUUGUCUAUGGUCUAAGCGAAUAAUACUUACUAUAAACAUAUAUAUAAUAAACCAGGGACAUUAACCAGAUCUGAUCAAGGGAUAUAUAUCAAAUUAUAAGCUAGAUAUUUGUAUCUAAAUUGUUUUGAUAGUUAAAAUUUUAAAAUAUAUAAAAUGUAUUAUCACUUGAUCAGAGUUGGGGAAUAGCCUAAACCUUAAACACACACGUGGGCACACACACAUACACAUACUUAAGCACUGCUCACCUACACACUUGCAUUUUGUACAACGGCUAACCCAGAGGGAAUCUAGAAAAGAAUAAGGAUCCAAAAGAAUCCUGUGAUCACUUGUGUUCUACUAAGCAUUUUCAAACAAUCUAAAUUUUCUUUAAAAGCUUGGUGUUUGUGUGUGCGGGCGUGUGUGGCUAAGACAGAGGGGGCGGAACGAAAUAUAUAUUAUAUAUAUUAAAAUAUAUAAACAUGGCCCGUCCCCCCCACCUCCAAUUCGAAGGCAAUCAACAGAGGCUAACGUCGUUCAUGGCCGGAGAGUGGCGUCUCUAAUGGCGGAGUGCCCCUUCAGUGCAAUCUAAUUUUAAUGUAAACCCCUCCUUUUGGAAGACCCUUCUCUUUUUACCAAACCCCAAGAUACCCAAGCUCCCGCCAUGAACGACGUCAGGUGUUGGCUCAAGCGCAUAUUUAAGCUGAAUUUUUGAAAACGGAAACCCAUAUACCGAGAACUGUUUACGGGCUAAGCGAAUCUAUAUAUAAAUACGUAUAUAUAUAUGAUAUAAUGAUACCCAGUUCUUGAAUAACCAUCGAUCGGUGGAGUCAGUUGUGUGCCCAUCGAUUUCUAUACCUAUAUUUAUACAUUUAUACAUGCUAGUUGUAAGACGAUGAUGAUGGCAAGACUUCUCCCGUGCCUCUCUCUUAACUAAUUAAUCAAACAAUUCAAUUAAUAAUAAUUAUAAUCUCAUCGUUUUGACUUGCAAUACCGUACACCCUAUAAAUAGUGCCUAGAUCUAGAUGGUGUAGCUCUUAAGUGUGCGUAACUGGUGUUAGUCGCAAACGGGAUAGUACUCUCUAUACCUAUCACUCUGCUAUAUAUCUCUCUCGAUAUAUGUAUCUCCCCCUCUCACUGUCUGUGUGUUCUCUGUCAUCACUAAUUUAGUCUCGGGAUCAACUAGAGAUACUCUAUCUAAAGCUUGUUGUAAGUCUUGGGUCCGCUUCAGUGUCUAAACAAACAUAUAUAGUGCGUGUCUAGUCUGGAUGAUAACUGGUUACUGGUUAACUUUACACACACCUUCAAGCUUCCUGUGAGCGUCUUCCUGGCGGGAUAUCGAUUCCCCAAGAUCCAACCCUUCCUCCUCCUCCUGCUGCGUCUAACACUCAGUUUCGCUCCGCUUGGGAGUAUAUCGAGCUUGGCGAGAGAAAGGCAUGGGAAAGAUAGCCAGCGCCUAGCCUAAUCCUUAGCCUAAUUUAACCUUAUAGUCUUAGUAGUCGUAUGGCAAUCGAGUGGCUUCCGAGCGGGUUCUGCGGCCACUUUAAACAACCAAGCAACCAACACACACAUAAUCAAUAAUAUCUCUAAUUAACUAGUUCGUACGCACAAAAGCAAAAGUUUUUAAUGUUUUUUUCUGGAAACUUUUACAAUUUUUGAUAUUCCAUUCUUUUUUAUAACCACUAGAUGUUAGUAAACAAUCUUUGAUUAAUUUUUUACAUCAAUAAAAUACGACAUACCGCCUA